AUGCACCAUCUCGCAUAUCUCACAACCUCCUUUUCCUUCCUCAUCGUCCUCAUCGUCCUCAUCGUCCUCAUCGUCCUCAUCGUCCUCAUCGUCCUCAUCGUCCUCAUCGUCCUCAUCGUCCUCAUCGUCCUCAUCGUUCUCUCCAUGUCGUCUCCUCGCAUUCGCUUGCUUUGCUGUCUUCCCCCAUGUCUUGUCACACUCCCCAGGAAUAACAAAAUCAAAAGAUCAUUCGAUUUAAGUCACAAUUUUACAGAAAAUUCGAUUAAAAUCAGAUCAGAUCAGUCCGCGAUCGAUUCAAACCAUAGCUUUGAGGCGGGCUUGAGAAAUAGGUGUAUGAGGGCGAUGAGGCAAGCCUGGGGAAAGGAUUUCGAAAUGGCGGGUGAGAUGGUGAGGGCGGCGGAGGAUCUAGGAAUGCAGGACCUAGAAGCUUUUUUGUGGCAGGCCAAGCAGGACAGGAUGGACGGAAUGCUCUUUUCUCUCGUUGACCGUGUAGACUCCUAUGCCGACAGUCACGCCUCCCUGUUGGAGUGCGAACUACACAAUUCUUCUCGUGCGUUGAAUGCACUUUAUGAGGACCUUGUCUCCAAGAGCGCAGUGCAGAAGAGAACAGAAAACACGUUUGUUGUGAGCGAGCACGUCCGACUGUUUCACCAGCUUCCAGCAGCAGACAUCAAAUCGAGGAUCCAGGGGAAAUUUCUGUCUCCUCAUUUCACGAUGGAAUCCAGCAAACAUCAAGAGCUGCUCACUGCUUUGGACAACGCUUUUCACGACGUCUGCAGAAGCUCCGACGACAUCGAUGUCGUGAAAUGGGUGCACAACGACCAGAAUCACUCCUCGGACUUGGCAAAGACUUGCAGUCAGACUGAAGAAAGCUUGAAGGUCGCACAAGAGAAGCUCCGAAAGAUCCUCCUCGUGCGUCAGUCGUUCUCACAACUAUCAACAUCUCUCAACCAGGAGAACAAGGCGUUUGCAUGA